GAGGGGAUGGAUCCCGAUCUCAACCCGAACAUGGCGGAUCACGAGUUGACCCACGAGGACAUCUGGAAGGCUUGUCGGCUACAAGACCUCAAUCCCUUCCGCAUGAACUCGGCCAACGACUUUGACGUCAACAAGGACGAGACCUAUGAGCGGAUGUGGACUCUCUAUAAACAGCUCAAGCCCAAGAAGCAUGUGAUGCACAGUUUG